AAAGACUCAUUUCCCUCUCAGACCAACAUGAGCACACCCACCAUGGCUCGCAUCUCCCUGUCUGCCCUCGUUCUCCUACAAGUCUUGGCGGUGGUCCUAGGCCACGGCAGGCUCCGGCAACCCCCUGGGAGAUCAACUAUGUGGCGAGAUGGCUUCCCGGUACCGGAGAACUAUAUGGACAACCAACUCAACUGUGGAGGUCGCUGGAUCCAGUGGGAUGCGUUUGGCGGGAAAUGUGGUGAAUGUGGAGAUCCAUGGAACAGCUUUCCCCAAGAUAAUCAGCCUCCGUAUGGCAAAGGGUUGGAUGGGAGAGAUCACGGACAGAGGUUCAUGGUGCUGAAGAAUCAUAAAAAAGUCGAAGUGAAUCUGGAAAUUCCUGCAGGCCUCACGUGCACACAAUGUGUAUUGCAGUGGCGCUAUGUUGCAGGUACGUCUCCUAAGCUGGGUGAAGAUGGUCGGGGGGUGUCUUUGGUAGGUUCUACGUGAAACUUGACCUCCUGU